AUGUCCGUCUCGACUCCCUCCUCUACCGGCCAUAUGCCGCCCAACGGCGCGGCGGAUCUUGACCCGUUGGACGCCGCCGACUAUGACCCAAUUGACCAUCUAAAUACGAUUUUCUCCCAUCCUUCCACCCUCUCCUCCGUGUCCCACGUUUCCCAGACCCUCCGCGAAUACGAAGACGAGCUCGACAAUGACAUCGCUGCGCUGGUGGAGGAGCAGGUCACCUCCAACGCGGAGAGCGUUGAGCGCAUCCAAACAGCCAAGGCCGAUCUCACCGAGCUCUUCAAAAAGAUCGACGAUGUGCGCGACCGCGCAUCCAAGACAGAACAGGCGAUCACGGAGAUGACGGCGGACAUCAAGCAGCUGGAUAAUGCAAAGAAGAACCUCACGCAGUCGAUGACAGCGCUGAAGCGGCUGCAGAUGCUCACGACGGCGUACGACCAGCUGCGGGCCUUGAGCAAGACGCGGCAGUACCGUGAUUGCGGCCAGCUGCUGCAGGCCGUCAUUCAGCUGAUGGCGCACUUCAAGUCGUACCGCUCGAUCGACCAGAUCGCACUGCUGAGUCGCAACGUGGCGGAUAUUCAGCGGGAGCUGCUGGAGCAGGUCUGUGAGGACUUUGAGCUGGCGUUUGCGAAGGGCGAAGUGGCGCAGAAGCGGACGACGCUGUCGGAGGGAUGUCUGGUCAUGGAUGCCCUGGGGGAGAGCGCGAGGUCCCGGCUGGUGACAUGGUAUUGCAACUUCCAGCUGCGGGAGUACCGACAGGUGUUUCGGAAUAACGAAGAGGCGGGCUCGCUGGACAACAUCUCCCGAAGAUACUCCUGGUUCCGGCGCAUCCUCAAGAUCUACGAUGAGGAGUAUGCGGCCAUCUUCCCGGCGGCGUGGAGAGUCAAUGAGAUCCUCGCCAACGUAUUCUGCGAGGGAACGCGUGAAGACUUCAAGGGGAUCCUUUCGCGGUCCGUACGGAAUGGCCAGGCAAUUGAUGUCAAUCUUCUACUUUCUUGUCUGCAGGAGACCCUUGACUUUGAGCAUUCGCUUGAGCGACGCUUUGCGAGCCCGUCCCGUCCUUCCACCGAUACCUUUGCCUCCACCGAGACGCCUGUCUUUGGCCAGGCGAUCUCAGAGGCUUUUGAGCCGUACCUGAGCGUAUGGGUUGAAGCCCAAGACAAACAGCUGGCUGCCUUUAUCCCCAAGUACCGGCAGCAGCCGCUGCGGCCGCCGGAUGAAGAAUUCGACUCCAACAUCGUGAUCUCGUCUUCCACGGAACUCUUUACUUUCUAUAGACAUGCCUUCCAGCAGUGCGCGAAACUAUCGACUGGCGCCAGUCUUGCGGACCUGGCCAAGGUCUUUGCAAAAUACUUAGAUCAAUAUGCACAGCAAGUGCUCCUCAACUACAUAAGCGAGCGGCCGACAGGGCACACUCCAUCAAAUGUGCCGUCACUGGAGGACCUCAUCCUGGUCCUCAAUACAGCAGAUUACUGUUACACCACUUGCAACCAGCUGGAAGAGAAAAUCAAAGGCAGACUCGAUAAAAACCUCGAGCAGAGCGUGGACCUGCAGAGCCAAGCCGACUCCUUCAUGGGCAUUGCCUCUGCCGCAAUCCGUGGCCUUGUGCGGAAAGUUGAGAUCAAUCUGGAGCCCUCAUGGCGCGAGAUGCGCAAUACGCCUUGGAAUCGGCUUGAAGCUGUUAGUGAUCAGAGCCCCUACGUGGUUGAGCUCGUGUCCAAGGCACAAAACACCUCCUCGGAAAUCCUGCAGUUCCUACACAAGCAGCAAUACGCCAGAGCUCUUGCCGACCAUGUUGUCGAGCUAGUGUCCACGCAAUUGAUCUCGAAUAUUGCCCAAUGCAAACCCAUUUCAGAGACCGGGGCCGAACAGAUGCUUCUCGACGCCUACACCCUCAAAACCGGCCUCUCGUCUCUCCUACCCGCACCGGCCCCCGCAAGCUUCGUUAAACGCGUUAACAGCAGCUUCUCCAAGAUAGAAGCCCUCCUCAAGACCCUGCAAGUGCACCCUUCACCCCCCGAAGCCCUCGUCCAAGCAUACCUCAUCCACAUCGCGGACCGCAACAACGCCAACUUCCGCAAAAUCCUUGACCUCAAGGGCAUCCGCAGCCGCCAGGAACAGAACCACCUUGUCGAACUCUUCCAGGUCCAUCGCGCCUCCGAUCGCUACGCCUCUAACCUCCAGUCAAGCAACCCAAUCCUCUCAGCCAUGCAGACCACAGCCCCUCCCACCGCUUCCUCCGUCUCCCAGGGCCUGGGCUUGGGAGCUGCCGCGUCCAUCAGCGCCUCGAACCUCCCGACUCGCUUCGACCCGACCAUGCUUGGGUCGGCGCUCAUCUCCGCAGCGAAAGAUGGAGUCGAUAGAUUCGGCACGCCCCUAAGUUCGUCGAGUGCAGCGAACCCCAGCGGCGCUGGUACCGGCGCAGCGUCUACUACGCCGUCUUCCGGCGCGGCCCAGGGACAAGGUCAGGUGGGGGAGACGGGUUCCAAUCUCAACGAAAAUCUGAAGAACAUAGGGAAAUUCUUCCGCCGGGAUCUGGGCGGGUUUGGGGGCAGAUUCGGGGGGAGUUGA